UUUCCUAAUUUUUCUCUCGACAGAUUUCUCUCUCUCUCUCUCUCUCUUCAAUAGCGUCUCUUCGCACUCGUUCAAACCAAGCCUCAGAUUCGUCCUGUCAUCCAGUCCCGGGUUGGACUCAAUGGAGACUCGAUCUCUUCGCACUCUGUCUCAGUCCAUCAAAAGCCCAAACCGAUUACACAGCCCCCUUAUCUAGAAGGGUAUGUACCCACGAAUUUCUCUGAUUAUCCACUGUUGUCAUCUUCAACUUCAAGGUCGACGAUGGUGGACUACGCUUUGAUUUCUAGGGUUUAUCAUUUCAAUUUUCGAUGUCAAAUGGAGAAUUACAGCUACGAUGGAAACAGACCAGACCCAACCCCUAAAAACCACCCUUAGGCUUAAGUGACCUAAUGGAAGACAGUUCUUGGACUAGAAGAAGAAAGUCUAACCCUGUUAUGGAAGGAAAGGUUUCUUUCUUGUUUCUUCUUUCCUUUUUCUAAUUUUUUUUCCAUUCCCAAUCAAAAGAGGAAACAAACACGGAAUACUAAACCACCCUCGGCUAGGACUACCAUGUUUGAAGCCUCGCCAGACUCUAUAUAUAUAAGACUAGACAACAUGCUUAGCCUUGGAUCAAAAUAGUAUUAAGCCCCAUUCUGAAGGGCCUAAAGUCAGAGCAUCAUCGGUGUGUGCAGUGGGCAGCCAAUCAGCCACGACAACAAGCAGCAAAGAGCCACGACCGGGCCUCAAGUCAAAGCAUUGUCAGUGUGUGUAGUGGCCAUCCAAUCAGCCACGACAAGAAGCAGCAAAGAGCCACAUCCGGAAGCUAAGGGGAGCUCAUUUGAGAAAUUUAAAUAAAUUGUAGUAUUGGUGCCUAGAUAGAUGCCAAUGGCAGUAACAAGAUCUCAUAUUUCACUUCCUCCACCUCCUCUACCGUGUCCUUGGCUCGUCUUCAAUCAUGGAGAGCAUGGAAAGUACUCCACUCAAACCUUCUUUAACACAUCACAAGAUACCUACGUCAUGGGAAGAAUACCAGAGUUGUGCGACAAAAUGAUUGUUACAUGUUCUCACGGAUGGCUAGUAUUGCUCGAUCUUGAAUACGAUGAUUGUUUCUUGUUGAAUCCAGUUUCAAUGGAGAAGAUUAUGCUUCCACCAUUGCAAUACUUUCCGUUCUUCUGUUGCAUUCUAUCAUCACCCCCAACCGAUCCCAACUGUGCACUCAUUUUUGUCUGUCGAGAAAAACCAAGUGCCAUGUUUUGUCACCUGGGUGAUGAUGAAUGGACCGAACAACAUUUAAGAUCUGCUGAAUAUUUCAGAUCUGCUACCGUAUGUGGGGGAAAGAUUUAUGGCAUUACUUUAGAUGGAACUCUGCUUACGGUAGAUGAUGUUGGUUCUAAUCUGGUUGUGACAGAAUUGGGGUCAGAGAAGGCACCAAAUCCAUCAAUUCCAGGGACAUCAAGGUUGGAUGAGAAUUUAGUUGAUUCGUGUGGAGAGUUGUUUAUUGUAGUCAAGUCUUACCUAGGGAUGACUAUGAAGAUAAGGGACAUGGAAGUUUACAAAAUGGAUUUUUCAAGAUUGUUAUGGACAAAGGUGGACAGCUUAGGAGAUCGAACAUUCUUUCUCUGUAUAACUGGCAAUAGUUUCUCUUGUUCUGCAGCCGAAUCAGGGAUCAAACACAACUCUAUCUACUAUCUAGAGGGAAACGACCGGGACCUAUAUGUAUUUGAUCUUGAAAAUUAUAGCAUCUCAUUCUCUACGCCUUGCCCACUUCAAAGUAAUUGGCUGCAACCUAAAUGGAUUAUGCCUAUUUUAUAAGCCUAGCAACAGAUAAUUUUGUUUAUAUAUGUAUUUUUCUUCUUUUACAUCAUACUGUACUUUAUUCUAUCAAUUACCAUACUUUCUCAUUUCAUGUUUGCUGCUCA